AGAAGCGAUUAGCUCACAGAUCAGCUCGGCACUCCGAGGCAAGAUCUAGCAAUAUUACAAGUCUUACAAGUCUUCAAAUAAAACGUGAAGUCCCAGUGACAAGUGACAAGUGUUUGUUGUUGACAUCAGUUUGUUGACAUUCAGAAAUCGUCAAAAAUGGCACCACACACAAGUUACGCUGCCGUUGGUGGAAUGGAGUACGAAGAGCCGGUCUCCAGGACAUACCAGUACAGAAAAGUGAUGAAGCCAAUGUUGGAGAGGAAAAGGAGAGCAAGGAUCAACCGAUGCCUUGAUGAGUUGAAGGAUCUGAUGGUGACUGCACUUCAAGCUGAAGGUGAAAACGUUGCCAAGUUGGAGAAGGCUGACAUCCUUGAGUUGACAGUUCGUCAUCUUCAUACUCUGAGGGCAGCCAGGAGGCUGACACUCACUCCGGAGAGCAGUUAUGCUGACAGAUUCAGGGAGGGAUUCACCCAGUGUGCCCAGGAAGUGUCCACCUUUUUGUCAACUCCAGUGGCAGCCAGUGUUCAUCCAGCUGCUGGUGCUCAGUUGAUGAGACAUCUUGGUGGGUGUCUUCGAAGAUUGGAGGGUCCAGUGAGCCAGGCCAAUCAAAGUCAAGGUACAACAAAGAAAAUUGGCGCAACAAGUGUUCCGGUUGCUGUCAAUGUGCCCCAAGUUUACACACCGCCUCAGAGUCCAAUGAGUGUGGCAAGUUCUUCUGGUGACUCGGAGUCUUCUUCGGCGGCUGUUUGGCGUCCUUGGUGAACCUGAAAAAGCUUUUGCGACAGGGAUGUUGCAAUUUGGCUUGAAUUAAAAAUGGUCCCGGGAGGGACUUGCUGACGCUCCGAGGUGUUGAAGAAUCCAGGACGAGGCGCUAAUCGACGGUGAAGGGUGAACGAGAAUCCAUGUCUUCCGUGGUUUUUUGAAAUUCUGUUGUUUCUUCGUUUGCAGUGCGUGCUACGAAAUAAAGGAGAAUCAGAAUUCAAAAUAUUUACAAUGUUUCAUAAUUGAUUAUGAUAUCAAGAGUAGGUGAUAAAGCUUUAAUGUGAUAUUUGUGAUAGGGAUUUUGUUGUUGUACCUGAGACGAUUUUUUGUUUCAUCAGAGUAUAAUGGUUAUUGCAAAUUAAGAAGUUUGUUAUGUUUAAGUACUGUUUCGUUCUAUGUAAACUACUG